AUGAACCGGCAUGGACCCAAGCAUGCACACGCCUCCCAGCUCUCCGUAUCACCGUCAGCUAACGCUCCCUCACAGCAAGACUGCGCCAGCAAAGGCUUCCCCUCGAGCUGCGGCGCCGAUGUGAAGUGUGUCUGCACCAGCAAUACCUUCCUCGAUGCCAUCACCUGCUGCGUGGCUACAACUUGCACUGCGGAGGAGCAGAAGAAGACUAUCCAGUUCGCCAAAGGAAUUUGCGGCGGUGUAGGCGUCAACGUCCCUGACUCUGCCGUCUGCCCUACCGGUGGCUCUUCUUCGUCUGGCCCUGCUUCGAGCACUCCAACCUCGUCCGGAGGCAGUUCUUCUGAGACUGGCUCUGUCACCGGCACCGCCAUCACCGGCACCAACUCUCCCACUCCUACCAGCCGCCGCCCAUCUGGAUCUUCCACCGCCCACUCUUCUGGAUCUGGCUCUCCCGCUACCUCGACCGGUGCUCCCACUCAGACCGGAAACGCUGCCGCUUCCGUCAAUGCCAACGGUGGUCUCCUUGCUGCCAUUGCUGCUCUUGUCAUCGCCGUGGCGUAG